AUGUCGACGGAUAUUGCAUCAGAUGAGCACAAAUUUGUACAAUUUAAGCUAGUUCUUUUGGGGGAGUCGGCAGUAGGUAAAUCAUCAAUUGUGCAGAGAUUUGUGAAGGAUUCAUUUAAUGAUUUCAAGGAAUCAACAAUUGGAGCAGCAUUUCUUACACAAACAAUUGACUUAGAUUCGGACACAACCGUUAAAUUUGAAAUAUGGGAUACGGCAGGUCAAGAGAGGUAUCGUUCUUUGGCCUCCAUUUAUUAUCGGAAUGCACAAUCUGCCCUUGUCGUGUAUGACAUAACACAGAAGGCUUCACUCGACAAGGCUAAAUACUGGAUAAAGGAGUUACAAAAGCAGGCAAGUAAUAAUAUAGUAAUCGCUCUUGUGGGAAAUAAGACAGAUUUAGAGGAGGAACGGCAAAUACCGACAGAGGAGGCUCAGGCUUUUGCAAAUGAAGCCGGUCUUUUAUUUUUUGAGGUGAGUGCAAAGUCAGGCAAGGGGAUCAAAGAAUGCUUUCGGGAGAUUGCUUUGAAAAUGCCAAUUGAAGAGACGUUGAAAAGGCGCCGUGACCGUAAAAGAGGUACCGUUGAUCUAAACAAGCGGCCAAGUACUAACGAACAGCAAUGUGCUUGCUGA